AUGGCGCAGGAGGGGCUGUACGGCGACCCACUCGCGAGCGCAAACGCAAACGGAAACGGAAGCGGGGAGGCCUGGGCGGGGCUGGCGGCGGCGAUCCGGGCGCGGAGACGGGACGCGGUUAUGCGGGUGCUGAGUGCGACGGCGAACGGCUGUCUGCACGAGCUGGGCUACGCACCCGGCAUGCGUGAAAAGCUGGCCUACGUCGAGACACAAAACGCGCACUUUGCACAGAAGCUCGACGAGUACGUCGGGGAGAACAGCCGGCUGUACGCGGACAACGCCAAGCUCAUCCAGGAGGCAAGAAGGGCGCAGCGCGAGAAUGCGGUGCUGAGGGAGCAGCUCGCGGUGGCCGCCGCGAUGCACCAGAAGAGUAGUCAGCUGCUACUUCAGCAACAGCAAGAGCCCCCGCCCCGGAGGGCGUCGGGCCCGCCCGCGAUCCCAUCACAUCCCAACCCGAACUGGCCCGGGCCGGUGCAGCGGAGCGCGUCGGGCGGGCGGGCGCAGAUCGCGAUCCCGCCGGGGCAGGCAGCGAGUCAGCGCGGCGGGAGCGGGGGCGGCGUCGGGCAGGUCACGGGAUGGCAGGUCGCUGGCCCGCUCGUGCCCGCGCAGGGCCCCGUGGUGCAGUAUACGGCUCAGCAGCAGCAACAGUUACUCCAACAGCAGCAGCAGCAUUUGCGACGGAGAUCGGAAGGACAUAAUGUCCAGUUCGCCUCUUCCCCCGCUUCUUCGCCGUCGAUUUCGUCUUUUUCUGUUCCCUACCCGCAGCAGCAGCUUGCACAACAACAACAACAACUGCUCCAACAACAGCAACAGCAUUUACAGAGAAGAUCAGACGGAAAUAGCGUCCAGUUCGCCUCUUCCCCCGCGUCUUCACCAUCGAUUCCGUCCCCUGCUGUCGUUCCCUACCCGCAACAGCCGGCACAGAUAUAUAACAACCACGGGCGGGUGCAGCAGCUUCAGUAUCCUCCCCAGCACCAACUCCAACAACACCCGCCGCUCCGCAUAGCGACCAGCAGCCCCCAGACCGCGUUCCUCCCGCCCGCCAUCAGCCGUCUUUCGCAGCAACAAGCACAAACACAGUCGCCCUCGCCGACGACAAUGCUGCAAGGCAUGUUCGCCAGCCCCGUCGCGCUGAUCCCGCAGCGGCCGAGUCAGCCGUCGAUUGCGGGCGCGUUGGGGCCGGUGGCGGUUGACGCAGCGCAGGUUCAGAUGGCACUGCAACAACAACAGGUGCAAAUACCACAACAAGUGCUGAUCCCGAUGGCGCAACAACAGCGGCCGGAGCCGGUCCGGAUUCCGCCGAUGCCGAUGCCACGAGUAUUACCUCAAUCCCAGCCGCCAGAAAUGCCACCCCAACUCGAAACACCAACGCAAAUGCAACUGGGGGAUACAGAGGUUGAGCGGAGCGCGUCGUUGCCUGCGGUGAGCGGCAGGGAGGCGUUGCCGUUGCCAGUGGUGGAGACAGAGCGGGAAGGCGAGACGGCCGAUCUUGCUAUUCGGGGGCGCGGAGAUGAGGGAGAGGUGCAAUCAGUUGAAACAGCGCAGUUAGAGGGAGCACCGCAAACACUCGCGCAAAUUCCGCAGCAGCAAUUGCAGGACCAGGUACAGCAACAGCAGGAACAAGAAACGCCGAUGGGGCCGGGGCUGGGGCGACCCCCGUCUGUGUCCGCUCAGGCACAAGUGCAAAUACAGCCACAACCACAACUACAACCGCGACCUCAUCCGCAAGCGAUGCUACAAGUACAAGCCCAAGUUCACGUCCAAACGCCGACACAAUCGGCACCAGUCGACGUGCGACCGAGCAGGCUGGGAUCUAAUGGUACCACCACAGAUCCUCUCCAGCAACACAUCCCUUCGCCCCAGUCCGACGAUCUGCCGCAACCUGGACCACUUUCUGCGCCGGGAUCGGCCGGGCCGGGAACGCCGCCGCCGACAACGACUUCCCCGCCGCCAACGACGACGGGGUCGCUGAAAGCGCACGAGUGUGGAUCUGGAGCGGGAUAUUGA